AUGCUGCAAUUUAAGGGUCUUCUUUCCGCCGCAAAGGCUGUCGGUGUGGCAGCUCGAGUUCUUGUACAGUCGGCGGAUGGUGUAGUGAGCGGAAAAGGUAAUUUGAGCAAAUUUGAGCAUCUUAUUGUUGCUGCUCAAGAAAUUGCUGCCUCUACUGCGCAGCUCUUUGUUUCCAGCCGUGUAAAAGCCGACAAGGAUUCUCAAAACGAAAUCUCUAACUCAGCUAACGAUUUCAGACUUGCUAGUCUUUCUACUUCUUCCAAAAAUGUCAAUCAGUGUACAGCUCAAGUUGUUGCUGCAGUGAAGAAUGGGCAAACCACUCUCAAUGAUCAAGGUAUUUUUUGCUAA